CACGGUUCAGUUUAAAUCCAGAACGAUACAGUAAUAUAUUCACUCUUAAGCUACUCCUCCACUUGUCUCACUUAUGGGCCUCCAGAAACAGCUAUGGCUCGGAAAGCCCAUUCCCUGCUCAAACAUAUUCCCGGGGCUUCCCCAAAGAUAAAUAGACGAAAAGAAAAGUCCAAGGAGACGUUGGAACCCACCUAUCGCCAAGACAGCUCUAAUUCAGGAUGCAUCUUUGUACUCGAAGAUCCAGCCGAUUUCCCGCGCUGGAAGGGCAUAAUCGAGCGAUUACUCCAGGUGCAGUAUGACCUUGGUGAUGGAAAUACGUCAACAUAUCUUAGGAAGGACUACAAUUUCUUAUGGGAAUAUGUACCGCGUCACUUCCAUCACCACUUCCCUCAUUCGAGAGAGUUGUUCUGUCUGGAGGCUGAAGAGCUGUUUCGGACGCUUUGGGUAGCUGUCCAUGAAUGGGCCGUCGAUUGCACUAUUUGCGGGCUUGUCAGACGCAAGGUCCUCUCAGAUCCACUGGACCUCGUUAAGGCCAGAGAACAGCCCAUGAGUCGUUUUCUUCUAAAGUCAAAGGGCGGAAAGCGUUGCCAAUAUUGCAGUUUGGUUUAUCAGUGUCUCCAAGCGUACUAUCCAUCAUUCGAGACACAUGAAAACACUCUGGUGGUAGGAAUCUAUCCAAAUACCGGUGGCUUUUCCCUUCUUAUCAGAGAUACUCAGACAACCUCCUGGAUAGAGUCCACAUUAUGGGCCGAAGCCUUUCCUGUGCAAGACGCAGUUGAGGUCUGUUGGCGUCUUGGAAUAAAGUAUCUCUGGGUUGAUGCGCUAUGCAUUAUCCAGGACGACGCAAUAGGAGUUGACUGGUAUGAGCAAAGCUCAGAAAUGGACCAAAUCUACUCCAGCGCAUAUGUAGUGAUUGCGGCAGAUACUGCCGAGGAUUGCUCUGAAGGGUUCCUGGGCACUUCUCAAAUUCAACAACUUCGAGAAGUCACUGUUGAUUGGGACGGCGACACAUACAUCUGUCGAGAAAAGCCGAACGGCCAGCGUGACGAUCCUAGCUUUCUUCUAAGCCGAACACCACUCUCACGGCGCGCUUGGACACUACAGGAAACGCUUCUUCCCAGUCGCGUUCUCCAUUACACUGGCACGGAGAUUGUUUUACGGCUUGGCGACACCUUCUAUUGCCAAUGUGGCGAGUGCAGAUUCCAUCAUGUCGGCAUCAGCCAGUCCGACUGGCACCAAAUUGUCUCCCACUAUUCCUUCCGCCAAAUGACCAAGCCCUCGGACAAGCUAAGUGCGUUGUCUGGACUAGCAGCUCGUAUGUCAGACGGAGAUAGGAAGUAUCUCGCAGGGCUGUGGUCAGACACAUUGGUCACAGAUCUCCUCUGGCACUCCUGGGCCUCGAUGGAUGGAGGCAUCAGUUACUUCACUCGCUUCUCAUACUACGACUUUCUCCCCGCUUUGGAUAUCAUGCAAGCCGAGUGCACAUGCACAAGUGUGAAUAGCUUCGGCCCGGUUUCCUCGGGGUUUAUUGACUUGAGGGGUAAGCUUGUCCCCGUCGAGAUGGUCAUCUUGGAUAAGCCCUUCACCAAGCACCAAGGCGAGUACACUGGCGAAUGGGGACGAGCAACCCGCGUGCAUCAAGGCCAGACAUCACUUGUACGAGGGUGGGGUACAGAGAUCUAUGAAGUUUUGUGUGACGAGCGCAUGGAGAAGACAGACAGAAUGGGCGAGGAAGAACGCGAGUCUUGGGCUCAGGGUAAAGUCGAUCGACAAGACCUAGGCGGGGUAGUGGCAAGUAAUGUCUACUGUCUGGAAGUUGGAACGAUUAUAGAUCGUGUACUAGAUGUGGAUGGUUUCACCGCGCUGGGUCGGAGUUCCAGGGUCUGGUGGCUUGUUUUGAAGAAAGCGGAGAGGGGGGAUGAGUUCAAAAGAGUGGGAAUAGGUUAUAAAAGUAGCAAGGAUUUCAAGCGUGACUGUGACCUUUUCGAUUCUGCGGAGUGGAGUACAGUGCGUCUAGUAUAG